AUGGCGACGGAAAAAACGUACUAAAAACGUUAAACGUGAGAGAGUUGAUUUUGUUUGUUAAAGUUUGAGAUUUAUUAAAGGGAUUAUACGGAUUAUACAAUUGUGAGUUAGCAAUAACAUUUUGUGACUUAUCGUGGAUACUCGGGAGGCGAAUUCACGAUACAGUGGCACCUUUUCGACGGGAUUUUCGAGUUGAAUUUGUCAACGUAAACAUUAAACAAAUGUGAGUAUUCGACUAUAUAUUGAAAUUUGUGACACAAUAUGGAGAGACAAAUAGCUGAACUAUCGAGCAAGAUAAAGACCCUUACACCUUAACUUUAGGCGCACAAAAACGAGUGAAAUAUUAGAGAAACAAGAUCGACAAGCAUCUGAACGUCAAAAACAAAGUAUUAUUAAUAUAUCGAAAGCAGUAAACGAGCUAAAGGAAACAAUCGAAGAAAAACAAUUUGCGAAAGGUGAAGAUGAAGGGGCUAUAGCCGAGUGGAGCAAACUAUAUGAAAGUGAACUUGAGAAAGCAGAUCAGGAUAUCAAAUUAUUAGAUCAACAGAUCAAGAAAAUGGAUGAUGAUGAAAGAGAAGCCAAAACAGCUUACGAACACGAAAGAAAGUUGGCAUUUGAACUUGAGUUAUUUGAACGAAAGGCAAAAUUUCAGGAAGAGUUAGAGAAAACGAAACAAGGUGAAAACAAUGAACACAGUAAACCAACCUCUGGUGCAAAAUUACCCAAACUACCCAUCACGAAGUUCAAUGGACAAAUUGACUUAUGGCUCCCAUUUUGGGGGAAGUUUAAAUCUGAAAUUGACUCCACAGACAUACCGAUUUUAACGAAAUUUUCUUAUUUAAGGGGCCAUUCACAAAGGAUGUCCGGCCAAAUGAUGGAUUUUCAGACCCCCCCUCCCCCCUUGUCGGGCAUUGUCCGAAUUAGUGACCCCCCCUCCCCCCGGACAUCCACCAUGCCUCGCAAAAACUCACACAACCUUGUAUAUGUCAAGAGUAAAAAAACUUUUUUUACUUUUAGAACUUUUUUAUAACUAUAAAUGUGAAUACAAAAACAUAUAAAUUACUCAUUAAAACAAAAUCUAGUGUUAACCGCAGAGUCAAAAUGCCAAUUUCACAAUGAGAAGGACUGCUCAAAAUAGAGGGAAAAAGAAAUUUGUUUUUGAAUUUUUUAAAAUUUCGGACAUCCGGAUUCCUCCCCCCCUAUGUCCGAGUUUGUCCUGAUUUUCCAAACCCCCCUCCCCCCCCCUUGGCUCGGACAUCCUUUGUGAAUGGCCCCUAAAAGAACUGUUGGAUGAGAAAGUUCGGACAGAUAUAGAUGGUCUUCCAUUCACCGAAGCGGGUUAUGACAAGGCGAAAGAAGUUUUGGAAUCAGAAUACGGACAGAUGGCUGAUGUUGUAAAUACAUAUGUGGUUAACAUUAUGAGCUUACCAGUUAUUAAUGGCAAGGAUCCAGCAAAGAUCAAUGAAUUUUACAAACAGCUUAGGUACAAUGUUCAGAGCCUUGAUACCCUUGAUAGAUUGGCUGAUGUAAAAGGGAAUGUUCGGGCAACAUUAGAUAAAUUAAAGGGUAUAAAAGCUGAUCUUGUUCAUGGAAAGGAGGACUGUCAAAACUGGGGAUAUGAAGACCUCCUAAAGGCCCUAAAAACAUGGCGUGAAAUCAAUCCAAUAGAAGAGAAAUUAGAGCAACAACAGCGCAGUGGGAAAGGGAAGGAUUACUCAAGGUUCUAUCAACUCAAGAUGCAGAACAGAAAUCACGGCGACCAGAAUGUGUUUACUGCGAAGAAAGCACGCAUAAAGGGACAAACUGUUCGAAAGUCAAAACCCGAGAAGAACGAAAGAAAAUUCUAGCUCAAAAGGGACUGUGCUUUAAUUGCACAGAGGCACAGCACCGUGCCAGUGAGUGCAAGAGUAAGCUAGGAUGUCAAAAAUGCAAACGGAGACAUCACAGAUCAAUUUGUGAUCAGGUGACGGAACAAUUCCUCGGAGCUAGUAGUAGUACAAAUGUUAUUCAUCCAGUGGUUAUUGUACAAGUAGGUGGGUUCAAGUGUCGGGCUCUAUUAGACACGGGUGCAGGGAGCUCCUAUGUGUCAGCUGCAUUAUUAGAUCAGAUUCCCAAAAGAUGCUCCAAGAAAGAAGUAAGGAAGAUUGACAUGAUGCUUGGAACAACAACAAGAGAGGUUGAACUAUCAACUAUUCAAAUUGGGGGGCUCACUGGUGAUUUUUCCUUGUCGGUGGAAGUAACUAAAGUUAACAAGAACGAACUGUUACUUUUGGAUAACCCAAGGUAUGAAGAGAUCAUUAAGAACCACUCACAUAUGAAAGGAGUUGCUAUGGAAGAUCAUGACCUAAAAGAUAAACUUCCAGUUCAUAUUGUUCUCGGGCGAGUGAGUUUGCGAAGCUGAAGACAGAGAAACCUCCUAGAGUUGGUCUUCCAGGUCAACCUGUAGCCGAGUUGACUCGGUUCGGUUGGACUAUUAUGUCCCCAGGCAAGGAAUCCGUGGAUGUGUCAAGUAUGCUUCUAACUCAGACAUCUCAAGCUGACUAUGAAGAACUAUGUCGGCUUGACGUCUUGGGCUUAGAAGAUAGACCAACCAACAGCCAGAGUAUUGUCUACGAUGAGUUCAAGGAGCAACUUACUCGGGAUGAAACUGGACGAUAUGAGACAGAGUUACCAUGGCGUGGAAACCAUCCACCAUUACCAAACAAUCGAGCUAGCAGCUUACGUCGCCUGGCAGGUUUGACAAGUAGACUUGAUCGUGCAGGACUGAGAUCUAAGUAUAACCAAAUUCUGGACGAAUCAGGUUCAACGAAGCUCAGGAUUGUCUACGAUGCAUCGGCUAGAGCUCAUAACGCAGCGCCUUCACUUAAUGAAUGUCUAAACCCAGGGCCCAGUCUGACAAAUAAACUUUGGAAUGUAUUAGUCAGAGGACGCUUUCACCCGGUAGCAUUGAAUGGUGAUUUACAGAAAGCGUUUCAUCAGAUUCGAGUGAGGGAACCCAUUGGCAGACGGACGUACAGUCUGACGUUGAAAUUUUGAGAUUUGCUAGAGUGCCUUUUGGUUUAGCUCCCUCCCCAUUCUUGCUGGGGGGAGUUCUUGACAUGCAUUUGAGCACCUGGGAGGACCGAGAACCGGACAUCGUAGCGAAACUUCGAGAUGAACUGUACGUUGAUGACCUGAUCUCCGGAUCUACAACAGUGGCGGAAGCUCGUGAGUUCAAAGAGAAGAUAACAGAAAUGUUUAAAGAGGGCUGUUUUAACCUUCACAAAUGGCAUUCAAAUGAUCAAAAUUUAGAGUCAGAAGAUCUGCCAGAAGGAGAAUUUACUUAUGCAAAACAACAGUUUGGGACUACCUAUGGGGGAGGCUGCAAACUACUUGGUCUCGAAUGGUCAAAAGAGUCAGAUACACUUCAUGUAACCCUACCAACAGAAGAGACUGUGAAAACGAAACGAGGUAUUUUAGCUAAGCUUGCUAAAAUAUAUAACCCACUGGGAUUCAUUUCACCAGUAUCGUUGCGAGGUAAGCUGAUAUACCGGUCCACAUGUGAUGCGAAGAUAGCCUGGGAUGCUCCAAUGCCUGAUAAUCUGAUCAAAGAGUGGAAUCAGUGGGAGAAUGGUCUGCCGGUUGAUGUCGAAGUUCCAAGAUCGUUAGUAGUCCAUAGAGAGCCAAUCGAAAGCAUCGAGCUACAUUCGUUUGGAGACGCCAGCAAAAACGGGGUAGCAGAGUGUGUGUAUGCAGUCGUUGAGCAGGCAUCGGGCACAAACCAAGGCUUGGUAGCAGCAAGAGCUAGACUACCGAAGAAAGAACUAACAAUCCCGCGUUUAGAGUUGGUGGCAGCACAUAUGGCCGCCAACCUGGUAGUGAAUGUAGCGAAGUGUUGAAUGGAUUUCCUGUUGAAAGUAGUUAUUGUUGGUCUGACAGCACAGUGGUUUUACACUGGAUCAAGGGAAAUGGGGAUUAUAUACAAUUCGUGGCCAAUCGUGUCAAGAAGAUCAAUGACCACCAAGAUCUGAUUUGGAGACAUGUACCAACGAGUGAUAACCCGGCGGAUCGUGCAAGCAGAGCUGGUGACUUAGGUGAUGCAGAGCUGUGGUGGCGGGGACCAAAUUGGCUAAAGGACCCUGAACGUUGGCCAGAUGACAUUGUGCCUCAACCCACUGUUGAAAGUAAUGCUGAAGCGAAACUAGUGAAAAGUGUUCUUGCUGUUGCUGUUGCGGUGAAUGAUGGUAAUGAAGCUGAUGAAGUCUUAAAGAAGUUUCCCUUGCAGAAAGCUCUUCGUGUGUGUGCUUGGAUGCGAAGAUUUGCAAACAAUGCCCUUCAUAAAAGAGGACGAUCCCGCGUCAUAGGACCGUUGACCACUAGCGAACUUGCCCGCCAGCGUCAGUUCUACAUUAAGAGAGCUCAGAAAAAUUGUGACCUUGAGAUCGAUCGAGUGGCUUUGAACUUACAACUUGGCAAAGACAAGCUGUUAGAAUGCCGCGGACGUAUUCAAGGAAAGUAUCCAAUUUAUGUCCCUGACCAUCAUCUCAUUUCACAGAGAAUCGUCGAAGAAGCACAUCAACACACAUUACAUGGCGGAGUUGGUUUAACAAUGGGCCACGUUCGUGCACGUUAUUGGAUUCCCCAGCUAAGGCAGCUCGUAAAGAAAGUUAGGAAACGUUGUUAUGGAUGCAAGAGGUUGACAGCUACUGCAUAUGCCACACCCCCACCCGGUAUCUUACCCACCACACGCACUGAAGGAAAGAAUGCUUACCAGGUGAUAGGCGUAGAUUUUGCUGGACCCUUACAAUAUCGAACAGCUAAGAAACGAGAAGGAAAGGCAUAUAUUCUUCUGUAUGCCUGUAGUUUAACCAGAGGUGUUAUGAUUGAUCUUCUACCCAACCUGACAACAGCAGAAUUCUUGUUGAGCCUCAAGCGGUUUGUGGCACGAAGAGGAAGACCCGAAAGAAUAUAUUCCGACAACGGUGGUACUUUUGUGGCGGCAGCAAAGUGGAUCCGAAUGGUGAUGUAUGACGAAAGGUUCCAAGACUAUUUGGGCAAGCAACAGAUACGGUGGCAGUUCAACCUCAGCCGCGCCCCUUGGUGGGGCGGACAAUUUGAACGCAUUGUAGGACUGGUAAAAUCCGCUCUCAGAAAAUGCAUUGGAAACGGCAUGCUGAGAUGGAAAGAGUUGGAAGAGGUUCUCCUAGAUGUCGAGGUAACAUUGAACAAUCGACCUCUAACCUAUGUUGAAGAUGACUUGCAAUUUCCCGUAUUAACUCCCAACUCCAUGCUGUUCGCAAAUAGCAACAUUCUGCCCGAAAUGGAACCGCACCAUCUCGAAGAUGGUAAUUUACGAGGUCGUGCCAAGCAUCUUUUGAAGUGCAAAACCGCAGUAUGGAAAAGAUAGUCAAAUGAAUACUUGAGGAGUUUGCGUGAGAGACACCGUACGAAGAAGACCAAACGUGGAUUUACACCAAAAGUUGGAGAUGUUGUCAUCAUUGCAGAUGAUGAAAAGAAACGAGGAAAAUGGUCGUUAGGUGUAGUCGAAGAACUAGUUGCUGGGAAAGAUGGAGAAGUAAGAGUUGCGAAAGUCCGCAGUAAAAAGUCUCAUCUUGAACGAGCAGUUCAACAACUGUAUCCUUUAGAACUAUCUUGCGAUGUUGAACCACCUGCUAAAGCAGUUAUGAAUCCAGAAGCACCUACGUUCAGGCCAAAGAGAGCUGCUGCAGUCGCCGCACGUCAACGUAUAAGAGAGGUGACCGAGAAUGACCGUGACGAACACUGAGGAACAUUGAGACUUUGAACAAUCUGAACAUUUAUCUCUUCCUAAGAUAAAUGGGGGGAGGGUGUUGGAGAUUUACCAGUGUAG